AUGGCAAAUAGUGCUCGUAAUGAUCGUGUGUCUGAUAGCGCUUGUGGAGUUGGUAAGCCAAAGAAGAAACUGGUGGGGGAUGAGCAGGCCUCACCCACCAAAUUCAUAAUAAAGAAGCAGUCGUCAUCAGAACAAUCACUAGAACUUUCAAAGCCAUCACAUCUGAAUUCAUUAAAUCGUCGUGCCGCACCUUCUUCUACCCCAGAUGUAAAUAUUGGAAAGAAUACCGAUAUGAAUAGUCAAAAUAGUGAUGCUUUAAAUCAAAUUUCUAGCGCAAAUAAAGCUUAUCCUAGUGGUACAGGUAGUAGUGGGUCGUCAUCACCAUCUACUGAAACGAGUGAAACUACAAGUGCUAAUGGUGGUAGUCAUGGCACUACAACUGUAACAGUCGAAGCAACUUCAGCUGGCACAGUAUCUACUGUUCCUCCUAGUAGUGAGAGCUCAUCAUCGUCUUCUGCUGCUGCUACUAGUGCAGAGAUUACUACGCCUACUGGUGAUUCAGUUACUUCACCCACUGCAACGGCUACGCCUACUAGUGAUUCAGUUACUUCACCCACUGCAACGGCUACGCCUACUGGUGAUUCAGUUACUUCACCCACUGCAACGGCUACACCUACUAGUGCUUCAAUCACUGCAUCAGCUACUAUUGCUACAUCCACCGCAGCAGCUACUACUGCAACUGAUGUUUCCGUCACUGCAACGGCUAUUACAUCUACUGAUAAUUCAGCUACUACACCUACCGAUAAUUCAGUUACUACACCUACCGAUAAUUCAAUUACUACAUCUACUGAUAAUUCAGUUACUACAUCUAAAGAUAAUUCAGUUACUACAUCUACCGAUAAUUCAGUUACUACACCCACUGCAGCGGUUACUACAAUUACUAGCGAUUCCGCCCCUGCGCCCACAGCAACAGCCACUGCUACACCUACUAGUGACUUGGUUACACCCACUGGAACAAAAACUGUCACAGUCGAUAGUAGUGGUUCUACUAUUACAGCAUCACAGACAAGUGACAGUAACAGUAAUUCUGCAACUGGAACAACAGCAUCCGAUUCAACAGCUGGGUCAACGGUAACAUCAGCAUCAUCGACACCUACUUCCGCCAUUUCAAGUUCCAAUGAUAGUAAUUCCGCAACAGCUACAACUUCAACAUCACCAAUUACAAGUGUAAUAAAUACAGUUGAAACGACUAGUUCUAAUUCUUCUCCGACACCUUCAGCUUCGGCUUCGGCUUCGAGUAGUACUAAUUCGGCAUCAAACACAGGAACGACAUCUACCGAUUCUGCCACUAAUACUUCGGCUGCUUCAUCUCCGACAACUUCAGCUUCGAGUGGCACUACUAAUCCAUCAUCUGGAACAACAACGACAUCCACUAAUUUUGCCACUGAUACGUCGGGUGCUUCCUCGUCAACUGGUUCAACCAGUGCGAGUGGAAGUACUGCCCCUACCACUACUACUGCUACUAAUGUUUCUACUACUUCUGCAGUACCUGGUUCUAGUGCUGCGAGUGCAGCUACCAGCACUACAUCUACUUCUUCAACCACAAAAGUAACUACGUCAACAACAACAACAACAACUCGGUCUUCAGUUUCCAUUCCCACUGUUAUCACUUCUGGCGGCAGCACAAUUCCCGUAAUGUCAGCUUACUCUAUUGAUGUCCCCUCUUCAAUCUCGCUCCCACCUACAAGAACAACAGUCGCCCCAGUUGCCCCCACAGUAACAGAAACAAAACUCCCGAUGAUAAUAGUACCACCAGGGGCGGGAGUCGCACCACCUGGAACAGUCACGGUGCAAUUGAAAUUAAAUACACUCUCGUGGUCCGACGUAGUGAACAGUAGUACCUUGGCCGCUCAGAUCGCCGUGUUCCUGCCUAAAGAUAUCGCGAAUGCCCUUUCACUGGAUCCCGCUCAGGUUGUCAUCCUGGAUUUAAUAAAUAUAAAUGGGGAUGUCGUGGUGGAGAUCGCGAUUCCAUCGGAAAGUGUCAUUCCUCUAAAUAAUAUUAUCAAGAAUCCCACAAGUAGUUUUUAUACGGAUGGUUCUGCGAUAUCACAAUUGGUUGAUUCCACUUAUCCAAUUAUAUCAGUAAAUGGACCACCAAUUGCAUCUCCCAAUAGCUCAAGUGGUUCAAGUAGCCCAAGCAACAACCUAGGUGGCGGAAUCGGCCCAGGACCUAGUGAUCAACUAGCAGCCGACAAGAAUCCCAGUAACAAAGGAAUGGUGAUUGGUCUUGCGGUUGGUGGAUCGACUGUGCUGUACGCUGCGGUGACGGCAUUUGUGGUUCGUAGAUACAAACGAAACAAGAGAAGUGUGGUGGAACAACAAAAUGACUACAUGUAUGGACAGGCUAUCUCAGCACCUGUUAUGCAAGAAAACUCGUUGUGGUAUCGGUGA